CCAUUGUGAAUGACAUACCUCAGGCCAGGUGUCCAGACUUUUUGCACUCAGGGUUUGAAGUCGUUCGAAGGAACCAAGAAAGGUCCGAAUGAUAACAGGUACAGACCGGCACGAUGCCCGUUACUUUAGAUAUCAAAUUCAAGCAGAUCAAACAUCUUGAAGCGGCCGGAUCAACCCGGGGUACGUAAUGAAAUGGCAGUCUCUGUAAAGCUAAGGUCAGUGAAGCCUAUAGCUGUACAUGACUGAACUAGAAGUUUCACAGCUGUCCUAAGAAGCGUAAAAUCUCCGGUCUCUGUAGGCUGGAGUUGUAAGCCGCCUACGGCAGUCUUCUUAAGCUGAAGAAAAACAUGGUCUACGAGGAGGCCGAGGAGGAGGAAGAGCCUGCUCCAGAAAGUCUUGAGCAGCGGCAGCUCGACACGAUGCUCUCGGAGUCUCUAUUUGGGUCAAAGCUGGAAGGGCCUCAGUCUCGUACCUUCUCCAGUAUGACCAUGGAGGACUUCACCUGGUUAAAAAUCACGUGUACCUGUAUGAUUCACCUGAAGCCCAAUCUUGCCGAACGCAUCGAGGCGACUAAUACCUUGGGACAGGGCGAACUUUGGUCUUCUGCAAAUCUGUAUCGUCAAUUACAUUUUUUGGAAAAUCACAUUCCUAGGGCGAACGAAGCAAGUGCUCAUGCGUGGAUCGACGCGUUCCUCUUCCGCGCAUCUGCAAUGUUACCACCAGAUAAGUACAUGAUUCUCAACAAGGAACACGUUGUUCCAGCUACGGCAAUCAGCCCAUCGGGUUUACAGACCCUUUCUGGAAUUGUAGAUUACACUGCCAUAGUAGCAAGUCAAAGCGACGAUGCUGGUUUCUAUCUGACACCCGCGAGCUUUCAUGAGAUCAAGGCGAUAAUGCCGUCCAGCUUCUUCGUUAUCGAAGCCAAGCUUCACGAUCCCAACCAUAUUGUUCAGGUACUUUCUAAGAUGUACGCGUGCGGAAAGUUCCUCCAGCAAAAAGUCCUUCGUGGUGCUCUGAUCAAUGGACAUGAUUGGAUCUUCCUUCUCAUGACGCUCAACGACGAUUAUGACGGAGCCUCCUAUGUGCGAUCUGCUGAACUUUCCCUGGGCAUCCACGGCCUUGUCGGGGGCGAGCUAGUGAUACAUAGGCGAUCCCUUGAUUUGAUUGCUGGUAUUUUGUCACAUUGGAUUGAAAAUAGCUUUUCAGACCUGGGAAGUGAUGAUUGGUUUACGGCGUAGGUGAUGAUACUCUUUACAACGUCUUAUAUGCAUUCAGAUCCUGAACAAUCGUCUGAACUCGAUUUCUGAUUUUUUGUCCUUUGACUUAGUCUUAAGCAUUACGCUCUCCAGUCGAGCAUUAAACAUAUGAUAAGUCUACAGAGAUUUUGAUCUGGGGAGAAAACGACUCGGAGCUCUGAUGGGCGGGAUGAAGUUGCGAACCGGGUACAGGUAUCAUGCCUUCGGAUAGAGCACUAGGAAAAUGCUGCAACCUUCCAAACUUGAAUUACAGCU